AUGUUCAUGAGUACGAGAACUGUUAUCUUAUUUUGGUUGCUUAUGCAACCUUCAAGCAGUGUUGUUAUAUGGCCAAAAACCACUGUAAUAGUCACAAAUAAUUUAGAAGAUGGUCAAGAUCUGUUACUGCACUGCCAAUCUGCUGACGAUGAUCUUGGAAUGCAACAUCUCCGUCCCAAUGCUUCCUUUUCGUGGAGUUUUCAUGUUAACGUUAUUGGAACAACAUUGUUCCAUUGUAGCUUUCAAUGGAAAGAUGUCUUGCACAACUUUACUGUUUUCAAAGCAGCUAGGGAUGUCAAGCUUUGUAGUCGAUUUAGAAGAAAGAAUGAGUUUGAUUCUGAGUUUGUAUAUGCAUGA